AUGGACUACACGGCAGCCUCUCAGGCCCUUGGUCCCAAGAGAUUCAGCGUCUUGAAGACAUACCAAUCGAUUCCAGAAGCCAGUGAUCUGGAGUGGUCUGAUGAUUUCUUCGAGGGCGACGAUGGGAUUGUUGCGGUGUUCGAUUUCGAUUAUCUUCAAAUUGUGGAUUUCAACACCCAGAUGGCGUUUGCUGGACUGGUGCCGACAUUGGGAUCUCAAAUUGAAUGGGAAGCGUAUGCUCAACAUGUGGCCGUCACAGUGGACGGAAUCCGCUUUGUUCAAGACAAGCGCAAGUCUUGUUGGGGAAUCUCUGUGUGCGAUAAGGGCCGUCACUCGAAAACAGUUCCCUUUGACAAGAUCACCGAUUGUGAUAUUGUCGAACCAGCUGGUGCAGAAUGUCUGUGUAUCCCUCGAGUUCUCAUGACUGUGAAUAUUGACACUGCGAGCUCUGGUGGAGAGAGCAGGCAGUAUGAACUAAAGAUAACUGGCCUGCAGGAUGCCCAUCGAUUCAAACAAUUGGUUUGGGCCAUGAAACGAGCCACGCGUGGAGGUGGCACAGGAGCUGCACCAGCAUAUUAUCAGGCACCACAAGCGCUGGAAAUGACAGAACGGGCCAAUGGAUCAUCUGCGGCCAACGCGUUGGAGCGUGCUCGCAGCGGAGAGAGUAAUGGUACUGUGAAGAACUUGUUGCGUGACAUUAGAACUGAACUGCGAGAAAACAAUCAGCUCAUGAGAGAAAUGAGGGAGAAGGAAAAAGACCAAGGAAUUGAAAAGGUCCAAGGGACUGGUAGCUGCAAGGAUGCUGCGGCGACUUUUGAGAAGGGAGAGAUGGCUUGA